AUGGCUGACAUAAGCGGGAGAUCUUCAGUAGUUCAUCACACAUCGGGUUCUGUGACCAAAAACGCCGUCCCAGACUGGGAUGCGUUUAAUUGCGUUACUCCACCUUCGCUUGUCCGCAUGAGAAGGGUCAUGCCAAUGAUAUCCAUCUCUCGAACGCUUCUCACCAUGCGUUGCGAGUAUCUCAGCGCCGCCGCCAAGGAACGCAUCUUGUUAUCGCGCAGGGCCGCGUUGCACCGAGGAUCUCAAUGUUACUAUCAAUAUGGCGCUUCGCGAAGUAGAAGAAACCCAGAAAGAUGCGACGUAGGACCUACCAUCAGCGCUGUCUCAAGAUCAGCGCUGUUCCAAGGAUACCGAACCUCUCCAGUAUUAACACUUCAAUAUUCUUCCUUCGGCAAAACGGGAAGACUUGGCGUUUUUUGCGAACCAUCAUAUGAUAUCAACUCACUUGACCUCACAGGAUGCACAAGUCAACACGGGACGCAACGUAUCUGCAUUAGAACACUUCAGGGUGUUCUAUGGCAGAUCUAA